CCACGGCCGGUUUAGUCAGUGAGAUCUUGCGUGCAAGCUCGAUGCAUCAUAAACCUUUUGAUUUCGGUAGGUCCCCACACAGGAUCUAAGACCGGGGUCAGACUAGGAAGACGGGCGCUGGUCUGCUUUGGUCAUACGUCGUACCUCAAACAGGAAGACAGGAAUCUAACGGAACAGAGAGGCCCAGUCUCCGGAAUAUUACGAAUGGCGCUGUUGGCGCAAUCCCAACGCAUUUCUCCUCCUCCUCCUCCUCCUCCUUCCUCUUCUGCCUGUAAGCGCGAGCGAAUGAGUUGAGGCAUCGCGCAUUCGACAUCGUCCCGCUGCCGCACGUCAUGUCGCAGCCGCGCUGGCAGUGGGAGAACGCCGCCGCCGGGGCCCUCGCCGGGCUCGCCACCGUCGCCGCCACGCAUCCCCUCGACGUCGUCCGCACCCGAUUCCAAGCGAACGACGGUAGGGUCGCGUAUCUCCCGACUUACAGGAACACCGCCCAAGCGCUCUUCACCAUUGCUCGCUCCGAGGGUUUGAGAGGUCUUUAUGCUGGCUUCUUACCUGCCGUACUUGGGUCGAGCCUAUCCUGGGGUCUAUAUUUCUUCUUCUAUGGCCGAGCCAAGAAAAGAUAUUCUGCAAAGAGAGAGGAAAGCCUAUCCCCUGGUCUUCAUCUUGCUUCUGCUGCAGAAGCUGGAGCUCUGGUUUCUCUCUGCACACAUCCCGUUUGGCUCAUAAAAACAAGAUUGCAACUUCAGAAUCCACUUCAUCGAACCCGAGCUUAUUCUGGAUUUUAUGAUGCUUUUACAACCAUAAUGAGAGAGGAAGGUUGGCGUGCUUUAUACAAAGGGAUUGUUCCCAGUCUCUUUCUGGUUUCUCAUGGUGUUAUUCACUUCACUUCAUAUGAGGAACUUCGGAAAGUUGUUAUCAAACUUAAGGCGAAAGGAAGGGAAGAGAGGCCUGAAAGGGCUGAUAAGAUGCUGAACUCUGUUGAUUAUGCAAUACUGGGGGCAUCCUCUAAACUUGCAGCCAUUCUUCUGUGUUAUCCAUUUCAAGUGAUUCGAACUCGAUUGCAGCAACGGCCUUACACUGAUGGUACUCCUAGAUAUAUAGAUACCUGGCAUGUUGCAAAAGAAACUGCAAGGUUUGAAGGUUUACGGGGUUUUUACAAAGGAAUCACACCCAACUUACUAAAAAAUGUGCCUGCUUCUUCAAUAACAUUCACCGUGUAUGAGAAUGUGAUGAAAUUGUUGAGGCUUGGAAGGACGCAAGAGUAAAUUUUCGUUUCUGGAACAACGAGCAUUUCAUUGGGGGACUGCAAUUUCGGCAAUUUUGCAUCUUCUUUUCUGUUAAAUAGAUACCUUUAUAGGUCAUUCAAUCGUGGGCACUUAUUGUCUCUGUCAUUCGAAUUCAACCUUUAACAAGUAGUGAAUGAACGAGUGAUAUGGACAUUCCACGUUUCAUUUCAACUCACUUGGACGAAUGAGGCAUGGAUGAAUAGAGCUCAUCAAAUUUCCUGUAUUAAGUAUAACCUUUUGCUUUUCUUUCGCUCAUGUAUGUAUGCGAUUGCUGCUAUUCCCCGUGUUCUGAGGAUGUUUCGAAUACGAAAGACAAA